ACCGUGCAAAUUGGCUUUAUAGAGAGAGCGCUGCGAGCAGCCCAAUCCCUGUAACUCUAUAACCUGACUUACCCUGGACCUUAUUCCCUACAGAAAUGGGUCUGCUCCUACCCUUGGUGCUCUGCACACUGGCUGCAUGCUGCAGUGCUAGAUCUGUACCCGCGCCACCCCUCCCCUCAAUUAUGCUCUCCCGUGGCUGCAAUGACUCAGAUGUUCUGACAGUCGCAGGCUUUGCCCUUCAGGACAUCAACAGGGACCGAAAAGAUGGCUAUGUGCUGAGCCUCAACCGAGUGAGGGAUGUCCGCGAACACAGACAGGUCCUGGGAUCUGUGUUCUAUCUCACACUGGACGUGUUAGAAACAGACUGCCAUGUUCUCACCAGGAAGGCAUGGAAGGACUGUGGGGUGAGGUACAUUCAUAGAUCGGUUUAUGGUCAGUGCAAAGCAAUAUAUUAUGUUAACAGGCCAGAAAGGAUUCUCUACUUAUCUGCUUAUAACUGUACUCUUCGCCCAGUUUCUCGAAGAGGAAUACACACAAUGUGCCCUGACUGCCCCUUCCCCACCAACUUGUCAGAUCCUGAGUAUCUGGAAGCUGCCCUUGAGUCUCUUUCAAAAUACAACAGUGAGAACCCCUCAAAGCAGUAUUCUCUUGUCCAAGUCACCCAGGCUUCUAGACAGUGGGUGGUUGGCCCUGCCUACUUUGUGGAAUACUUAAUCAAAGAGUCACCAUGUACCAAAUCCCAGGCCAGCAACUGUGCACUUCAGCCCCCUGAUUCUGAGCCUGUUGGUCUUUGCACAGGUUCCAUGACUCAAACACCAAUGGAAAAGUUUGUCUCCGUGUCUUGUAACUUCUUUGAACAACAGGGCCCUGCCUCUGUAGGGGAAGUCAAUGCUGCUAACCAGGGACCUGUAGAUCUCCCUGGGGUGGAAGAGUCUCAGCAGAAAGUCGUAGCUCCUACUCCCAGCUUGCCCCCCAAAGCUGUGCCUAAAGGAUCUGUCCAACACCUCCCCGACUUGGAUGACCAGAAGAACCCCGAGGAUCCUGAGGAAAACUACCACGCUGAGCCCUGCCCUGUGAAGCUGGAUCUUACCACAAAUCCUCGGGGAGAAACAGUGGAUGUGUCCUUCCUUUUCAUUGGGCCUGCAGAGCAGAAGCUUCUUGUCCUGCCUUUCCCCAAGGAUGAACGACACUCUGCUGAGUGCCCAGGACCAGCCCAGCAGAAUAACCCUCUUAUCCUUCCACCAUGAGAACCACAUAGAGAAUUCCAUGGGGGGUAUAGUGCCCUGCAGGAGAAGAGAGGUGCUGGGGAAGGGAGACAGAGAGGCAGUUCAAACGUAGAGAGUGACUAAUAAAGUACAAAUCUGACUCUC